AUGCCCCAUAAACUUGUCAAAAGCCUUCCCAGACCUCACAGUGGACCUGAUUAUAAGAGCAAAGAGGAAAUAAAGUUGGAAUCAGAUGUUCAACAAGGACCUGUUUUUGGGAGAAAGCGGGGGCAGAUCCUCCCUCCUUCACAGGCACAUAGACCUGAUAUUCAGCAGCUCAGCUCGGCCCCCUCUCUCCUCUCCUCUCCUCUCCUCCUCUCUGUCCACACUUCGGGACACUUUCUCCAGUCGGGGACCCACACACACACACCUCACAUGGCGCUGGACAUGAACACACAGUCCUCCUGGAUCAUGGUUCGGACCUGCAGCUGUUUGUGCGUCUGCGUGCUUCUGCAGCUGUUCUCCUCCAGCGCGUGCGCUCAGACACACCGCCGACAGUCGUUUCCAUGUGGAGGAAACAUAACAGGAGAUUCAGGAGUUAUCGGUAGCCAGGGUUAUCCAGGAGUGUAUCCUCCAAACACCAAGUGUGUGUGGAGAAUCACAGUCCCACAAGGCAAAGUGGUGGUCCUGAAUUUCCGCUUCCUCGAUCUGGAGAGUGACAACCUGUGCCGCUACGACCAUGUGGACGUUUAUAGCGGGCAUGUGAACGGGCAGCGCCUGGGCCGCUUCUGUGGGACCUUUAGGCCCGGAGCCCUCGUCUCCACGGGGAACAAGAUGCUCAUUCAGAUGGUGUCAGAUGCCAAUACCGCUGGCAGUGGCUUCCUGGCAGUGUUCUCCGCUGCUAACCCUCACGAACGAGGAGAUCAGUAUUGCGGAGGGCGAUUGGUGAAGCCGACAGGAACCUUUAAGACUCCGAACUGGCCAGAAAAAGACUAUCCAGCAGGAGUCACGUGCUCAUGGCACAUAGUCGCACCGAAAAACCAGAUUAUAGAAGUGAAAUUCGAGAAGUUCGAUGUUGAAAGAGACAACUACUGCCGCUAUGACUAUGUCGCCAUCUUUAACGGAGGGGAAAUCAAUGAUGCGAAGAGGAUUGGGAAGUACUGUGGAGACAGCCCACCAGCGCCGGUGUUCUCUGAGGGUAAUCAGCUUCUCAUCCAGUUCCUCUCAGACCUCAGCUUAACAGCGGAUGGCUUUAUCGGUCACUACAGAUUCAGGAACAAAAAGAUCCCAAUAACAACCAUCGCUCCAACCACAACCACUCAGCCCACCACCACCAGACUCAUACCUUUGAAGUAUUCAGCAGCACUCUGUCGACAGAAAUGCAAGCGAAAAGGAAGUCCUGAGAGCCAUUACUGCUCCAGCAACUUCGCCAUCACAGGGACGAUUAUCACAGCAGUACCGCGUGGAGGAAGCAUGCACACUACAGUCUCCAUCAUCAACAUCUAUAAAGAAGGAAGCCUCGCUAUCCAGCAGGCUGGAAAAUCCAUGAGCACUAAAAUCGUUAUCCUGUGCAAGAAAUGUCCUUCUGUCAAAAGAGGCUUGAACUACAUCUUCAUGGGCCAGACGGACGAAGAGGGCCGCGGCCUGAUCGCCCCGCAACACUUCGUCAUGGCCUUCAAGGCCAAGAACCAGCGAGCGUUUAACGUCCUGAAGAACAAGCGGUGCUGAUCUCACUCUUCCCUCCAUCUUAAUUCGUGUGCUCAAACCCCAGGAAAUGAUUUCCUCCAUUCGGUUCAAUCUGUGGGAGGAGAUCAUGGAGAAGUAGUAAGAGAGAGAAGUGUGUGUUAGAAGGAAGGAAAUCAGAAAUAACGACAGCCAUAAUGACCUCCAGGGACAAGGCUGAACCCCAACUUCCUCCUUUUUUUUUUUUAUAUAUUGAGACCACGCCCCUUAAUGUCCAUCUAUUAAAGUGUGAUUCGUCAAAACUCCACCCACUGGGACUAGAACUGUAAGAAGAACUGUACAAUCUGUAAAAGUUGACUUAUAAAGUCAGAGUUUUGUUUCUCAUUGGCCCUGAAAUCAGUAGCACAUUUAAUUGCGGUUGUUAUUAUUAUUAUUAUUAUUAUUAUUAUUUUCUUUUUUUCAUGUAAAAUGCUCAGUAUCUACCUACCGAGGUCAAUCUGUAACAAUUACAAGUUGUUUCUGGUAUAUUUAUUGCAUGUUGGAUAUUCAAGUCCACAGUAAUGUGAACAUUUCUACACUCUUCACCACUUAAGGGAUCUUUACGGCUUUAAACAAAUAUUUUUGUAUCCUCAAACAUAGGUACGUCAUACACAAGGAAUAAACGACAUAAACAAGGUGUGCUGUUAUGAUAAAGUUGAACUCCACUUAACGCUGGGCCAUAUCUCAUCACCUCCAUGCUGUUCAUUAUUUUCCAGAAAUAGCAUGGCCUGAAAUCUUUAAUUCAUCUUAUCGCACGGUAAUUUGUCAGCACAGACAUUUUUAAUGUUAAUUAAACAAUGGAACGUCCAUGAAACAAGCCGGUACUUAUGUCUCAGCAGCUAUAAAGGGUAAUAAGACAGAAACUAGACUGCAUUUCCGCAGAGAAAAUGCAAAGUGUGCUUGCUGAGCUGUAGCAGAACAGUUAUUAUGCUAGCAUGCUAAAAGCUAGCAUGCCAACAUGCUAACAACUAGCAUGCUAACAGUUAGCAUACUAACAUGCUAACAGCAUACUAACAUGCUAAUAGAUAACAUGCUAAUAGAUAACAUGCUAACAGCUAGCAUUCUAACAUGCUAAUGAUUAACAUGCUAUUUGUUAAAAUUCUAACACUUUAAGGCUAAUAUGCUGACAGCUAUCAUGCUAACAGCUAACAGGCUAACAUGCUAAUGGCUAGUAUGUUAACUUUUAGCAUGCUAACACGCUGAGGGUGACAUGCUAACAGUUAACAUGCUAACAGUUAGCAUGCUAACAUGCUCAGGUGAACUCGCUAACAGCAAACAUGCGAACUCUGCAUGCUACCAUGCUAAUCCUAACAUGUUAACAGCUCUCAUGAUAACAUGCUAAUGGUGAACAUGCUAACAACUCGCGAGCUAACAGCAGGCAUGAUAUCGUAAUGGGUAACAUGCUAAUAGCUAGCAUGGUAACACGUGAAUGCUUAUGUGCUAAUUGCUAUCGUGUGUGCAUGUAAGUAUUCCUAAUAAAGUGGCCAUUGAGUUGAAGUUGAUUUGCUGUCAAAGUCUCAAAUGAGCAGAUCCUUGCCAAAUGCAUCAUCACCUAUGGGGGAAGGGAGGAAUGACUCAGUCGAGCUUCCAUUGAUUAGCGGCAAAAUGGAGAAAAAAUGGACGGAUGAAAGGCAAGACAAAGACGAGUGAAGGUCAGAACCAAUAUCAUGUGUGUGAUGGUGAUUUGGCCUGAGGUGCCGUAUGAAGUUUGGUGGACGUGUGGUGAAGUGUUACUGAGCAAAACUCCAUUCAUUUGAAUGGGGCCAAAAAUCAAUGGAAGCCUAUGGAGGUAAAAAGAGAUGCGUGAAAACCAAGGAAAAGACGAGUGCGGGUCUCAGAUGAGGGGAUGGAUCUGUGCGGGGACUUGGCCUGAGGCAUCAAGUGAAGUUUCUUGAAGUUCGGUCACUUGGUUAAAAAAAUUGAUGGAGAGUGAAAGUUUUUCUCCUGAAACACCAUUCAUUUUCAAUGGGGCCAAAAAUCAAUGCAAGCCUAUGGAGGAAAAAGGGAUGAGCAAAAAGAAAGAGUGCGGGUCAGAACCGAUUGCAUGUAUGUGUCGGGGGAGUUGGCCUGAAGUAUCACAUGAGGUUUGGUGCAUCUGCGAUGGAGCGUGUCCGAGUAGGAUGAUUCGAUUCAUGAGCCCUAUUAAUUUUCUAUGGGAAAAAAAACAAAAGAAAAACAACCAACAAGAACAAGAGAAUGUGCACGUUGAUCCAAAAGCUGUAUACAAGCACACUGCACCACUUCGGGCCAGACGUCUCAGAGUUGGAACGGUGUCUCUAUCUCGAAUGCCCUAGGACAGUGGUCGGCAAUUAGGGGCCCGCGGGCCAAAACUGGCCCGCCAUCAAUUCUAUUUGGCCCGCGAGAUGACGUUAAUUUAUUGUUUAAAAAAUAUGAUUUUUAAUAUAUUUUUUAAACCUCAUGUUUUAUUUAAAAAAAUACAACAAUUCCACCGAUUUCAUAACAUUUAUUGAAGUGUAGCUGAUAAGUAACGUGACAAAAGCAACAGGUAGAACAUCCUUGCAGCCUGUUUAGCCUUACUUGAUGCACAGGUUGGAAAGGUAAUUGGCACGCGUGUGCGCGUAAUCUUAUGGAAAACAAAAGUGUCCUGUCUCCCUCUCGCAACGGACAAGGUGAAAAAAUAGCCUGUGUUUCAUUAGGCUACAUUAAUGGCAGGAUGAACGCAUACCAUUCUUCUUUGUAGGUCCUGCAUUCGGAAUCAACUUUUCUUUUCAUGGCUUUUGACAACGACAUUUUGCAUCGAUAGCUAGCAAUCUUCAGCUAAUCAUUUACAUGUCAUCCAAAAGAAUAAACAACCGGCAAUUGUAUACAUUAGUUACGGCAGGUUGCUAGGCAGGUCACCUGUUUCAUGAGAGAUGCCAGGAGAUGUAGCAGUUGGCAUAAUAACAAUGCAUAGAAGCAAAUUAAUGUUUUAAAUGAAAUUAAAUUAAAUGCAUUUUAAAAGUUAAAUAACAUUUACUUUUAAUAUAAUAGAAAAAAUAUAUAACAACUUUUUCUCCCAUUAGAAAAGCAUGGCCAUGGCCCGCGAUGCCAUUGUCAGAAAAAAAUUUGGCCCGGGUCCAAACUUAAUUGCCGACCCCUGCCCUAGGAGGAGUAGUGGAUCCAAAAUACGUGUCGGAAUAAGGCAGAAUAAGUAAACUUAAGAAGAACAAUAGUGUGCUUGCCUUCGGCUGCUGUGUGCUUGAGCAAGCACACUAAUAAUAUUACAUUACAGGCAUUUAGCAGACGCUCUUAUCCAGAGCGGCAUACAGCAUAUCCAGAGCAGCCUGGGGAGCAGUUGGGGGUUAGGUGCCUUACUCAAGGGCACUUCAGCCAUUCCUGCUGAUCCAGGGAAUCAAACUGGCAACAUUUUGCUCCCAAAGCUGCUUCUCUAACCAUUAGGCCAGUGGUUUGUCCUCUGUGUUGAAGACUUUCCCUCUGUGGAAAAUAUAUCCUAGAGACUUACUCACUCACUUCUUCAAGCUUGUCGCACUUACUGUAAGGCGCGGUCCUACAAUACCAAUAACUAUAACUAUAAAUAAAUCAGUCCCCUGCAGUUUACGUGGUCGUUGCUCACACCAGACCGAUAACGAUCCCUAUAGCCCAGGCCUGGGUUUAUCCGUAUCGCUGAGAUUGCUUCUGGAGCCAUUUUUCCUCUCCAGGCCUGGACCUGAUCCGAUAAAACAUCUGACCAGUCAGGUAAUUGUUUACGUGACGUUAUCAGAGAACAUGCUAUUUUAUCCAGGGCAUCUUUGUACAUCCUUGUUGCAUCAUAAAGUCACGGAAUAUGGAUUCAUAAUAUGGAAAAUAAAAAUCUAUAAUACAAAGCACGGAUCUUUUAUUCACGGAUAUGUGAUUUUCUGUGAAAUAUUAAUAAAGUAAACAUAUAAAUGCAGGGAAGAUAUUUUAAUUAUGAACUUCGGCAGUCCGAACAUUUAAUUGUUUUAGAUUUCUUAUCCAUGAUGCAUCAUCUGUAUGAAAUCGGUAACCAGUCUGUAGUAUACUGAAACGUCCAUGACCAAUCCGUAAAUUAUUAGCAUCCGUGAUGCGUCCAUAUUAAAAUACUCCGUAUUUUGUAUCCUUUUUUAUUAUAUUUCUGUAAUCCGUGAUCUAUCCAUAUUAUAUCAACCACCGGAGUGUGUACAUGGGUUGUUUUGGAGUCCAAGCUGCACAGUACGACCCGGAAUAAUGUCCUACGACUUGGAAAAAACUUCCAUGACUAUUCCUAAGUUGCAUGCGUUUAUUUCCCUGAGUGUCAGGACCAAGCGAUAUUAUAGUCAGGAUUAUAGUUGUGGUGUUUCUGCUCCAGACUGGAACUAAAUUCAGGCAGAGGGAUCGUCAUAGUUGGAGUUAUAGGUAUCAGUGUUGUAGGACCAGGGCCUUAUGUGUGUAGGGUUGCUGGCAUGUGGACCCUAUUGAUCCACGUCAUAUUAAUUCGAGCAUAGUUUUACGCCACAUCCCCUUCCUGCCACAACCCUCCUAUUUCCAGGCUUGGGAAGCAACCAUUCACACACACGGUCAAUUUAGAGUCACCAGUUAACCUAACCUGCAUGUCUUUGGACUGUGGAGGAAACCGGAGCACCCGGAGGAAACCCACGCGGACACGGGGAGAACAUGCAAACUCCGCACAGAAAGGCCCUCGUCGGCCACGGGGCUCGAACCCAGGACCUUCUUGCUGUGAGGCGACAGUGCUAGCCACAAAAUCUAUACUGGAGACUCCUUCUAUAAAUAUUAAAUAAAGAUCUACUUACAGAAAUUCUAUAUAACGCAUUAGAACAAGCACAAAGUCAUCGUUAAAGUAUCUACAAAUCACGCGUACAAAAUUUCAUAAUGAUACAGAUGCAAAACAUUUACCAGAAAUUUCUUGGGUGUUUGGCAUACCAUCAGAUCAAAUAAAGUGUUCUGGGUACAUUUUUGUUCUGGAACGUUCUGGAUAAAUGACAAAAAAAAGCUGCUUUGUCUUUAAGACGUAGUGAAAUGUGAAUCCUGGACAGUUCAGUUCAGCGUCAAGGCGAAAAUAUGAACAUCCAAGUCUUUUACAGAUGCAUUAAUUUGCCCGAAGCUGCAGCAUGUCGUUCAGAGCCGUCUUCUUCACUAGAACACGCUCAGUUCCAUAGUACGCAGGUUUUUCACAACAUUCUUCUGUACAGUGUAGAUUACAGGACAGGAAAUAAAUGUGUUUCUGUAGAUACUGUACACUACCGUUCAAAAGUUUGGGGUCACCCAGACAAUUUUGUGUUUUCCAUGAAAAGUCACACUUUUAUUUACCACCAUAAGUUGUAAAAUGAAUAGAAAAUAUAGUCGAGACAUUUUUCUGGCCAUUUUGAGCAUUUAAUCGACCCCACAAAUGUGAUGCUCCAGAAACUCAAUCUGCUCAAAGGAAGGUCAGUUUUAUAGCUUCUCUAAAGAGCUCAACUGUUUUCAGCUGUGCUAACAUGAUUGUACAAGGGUUUUCUAAUCAUCCAUUAGCCUUCUGAGGCAAUGAGCAAACACAUUGUACCAUUAGAACACUGGAGUGAGAGUUGCUGGAAAUGGGCCUCUAUACACCUAUGGAGAUAUUGCACCAAAAACCAGACAUUUGCAGUAGAGGUCUGUGUGGGUCGGAUUUUUCAGUCCCGCUCCUGUCCGCGCCCGCAUUGUGCAGUCCCGCUCCCGCCCGCGCCCGCAAAGAAUUAUGAUUUUCAGUCCCGCUCUCGCCCGCGCCCACAAAAAAAUUAUGAUUUUCAGUCCCGCUCCCGCCCGCGCCUGCCAUAUUUUGUCCCACUCCCGCCCGCAAAUCCCGCAUGAUGCAGACGUUCGCGUUAUUUCUCAGGAAAGUUCUUGUCUUGACACAGCGUGAUGGUGCCCCGCCCCCUACUUUGAGUGGAUUUGAGCAUAAAUAUCUACAGCUCACGUUCACGUUUGUUAUUAUUUACCUUGUUUCUGAAUUCAGCAUGUAGUGUCUCUAAUAAUAAUAAUAAUAAUAAUAAUAAUUAGUGCUGUCAAGCAAUUAAAAUAUUUAAUCGCGAAUCGCACAUUUUUAUCACAUGAGAAACCAUUGUAAUUCUCUGAUCAGCAUAAAAAAGUGAAUGGGCUUGCUUUGUACUAAUGGUGUUUUUUUUUAUUGCAAAGCAGAGCUAGUAAGAGAAGUGAAUUGAGUUACUGCUUGAGUUAGUCUACAGCUCUAAUCAGAGAGACAGGUUACACAGUGACGGUAGGCUUGACUCAAUGUUAUCCUAGAAAUCCUUCCUGUAUUGCACCAAAAACCAGACAUUUGCAGCUAGAAUAGUCAUUUACCACAUUAGCAAUGUAUAGAGUGGAUUUCUGAUUAGUUUAAAGUGAUCUUCAUUGAAAAGAACAGUGCUUUUCUUUCAAAAAUAAGGACAUUUCAAAGUGACCCCAAACUUUUGAACGGUAGUGUAUCACAAGUGUGGAGAAAAUCCAAGGUGUGUUCGUGUUGCAUUUUUCAGCCACACAAGUGUUUACUAUGUAUUGUAUUUUUGAUUUACUUUGUUCAACACGAAUGAAUGUACAAAACCCGAGGUGCAUCUUUCUGACGUGGUGACUAAAGUGCAAUAAUUUAGUAGUGACAUUUUGAAACGAUUUCAUUCAUUCAUUUUCAUUCUGAAACUUCUGAAAGUACCAACCUGCCGUGUGUGAAGGAGUCGAGCCGAGACGUUUUAUUGUGAAGUGCAUACUGAAAUUCUCAUGAUAAAAUAUUUUUCAUAUGAAACCAAUUCCUGAUAUUGAGUGUUAAUUUUGUUAAUUUAUAAACAAUUGUUUUGUGAUGGUAUCAAAAUAAAAAAAUUCAAGAUCUG